UUUCCAUAUUCCCCGGACCGGCUCCCCUGCUGGCUUCUUGGUGCACUUUGCGCCGCUUUCCUAAUUCUUCUGUUGAAUUCUGUACAUCGGGAUAUCCGGCUGUCAUCUCCGAUGGGCUGUGGCGCGAGUGCGAAAGUCCAUGAUGCAUCCUUCGAGCAAGUUGUCAGCAACGACACGCUCGUUGAUCUGACAGAGAAGGCUGCGAUGACGGGCACCCCGCUACUUCGUGCAAGCACUUCCCAGCAUCCAGUGCGAUCCAAGUCAGGCACUCCGCGGAUUCCAUUGAAGCUGAAGGGGAAACGGCCCGUUGGGCCAUUGGCGCCACCCCAUGGUAGUGGACGCUUUCUAAUUGAGGAGAACUUCCCCUGGCACCAGGAGCAAGCAGAAGCAUAUUAUGCCAAGUCCAUGGCUCGGCAGCGCAUCGCAUUCGACCGAGUCCUUGGAGAUGCAACAGCCCAGCCGCAGGACGAUUUUUCCAACACGGACGUGCGUGACAGCUC